AUGCCCGGCUACCGGCUGCCCGUUACGCGAUGCGCGAUCCCCAUCGCACCGGCGGCCCCCGCUGAUCGACGGCCCCGCCGCUACCGCUUGCCCGUUACCGGGCCGCCGCGCCGCUCGCCCGUUACCGGCGGCGCCCCGGCGCGGCCGGCAGGUGUCGCCGCCGUCGCGGGCAGGGCGGCGGGCGCGCGUGCACUUCCGACGGCGCUCGGUCAUGCCCCCGACUUUCCUCCCCUCCCUCCCGGCGCCGCGCGGGGCUCCCGCCCGCUGACACCGCUGAGGCGGCUCUCUGCACGGCGCGGCGCGGCGGAGAGCGGCGCGGCCGCCCGGGGAUGGCCGCCGGGGCCGCCCCCGCCCAGCGCCGCCGCUGAGACGCAGCGGGGCCACACGGCCCGCCAGAUGCACGACGCUGGGAGCCCACGCGCCUGUAUUUUUCCUGCCGGUCCCUGCCUGGGCUGCAGCUGGCUACGGCACGCAGAAAGCUGCAGGUGUGAUUUGUUCAUUUGCCUCCAACCCCCCGCGCUGCCUCCCUCUUGCUUUCCUUCCCCGCUGCCGCCCGAGCCCACCUAGCUCAUCCCACCCAGCUCAUCGCGGCGACGAGACCCGCAUCCCCACGCCGACUCCAGCAUCUCCCCGGUGCAGCGCUGGUGG